CCUUACGUAGACGGAAGAGAUCUCAAAGGACCUGUAGUAAUAUCACAUAUUUUCCUUCUCAUCGGCUGCGCCAUCCCCCUCUGGCUCUCCCUCGGCUACCUCCCUCGAACCGGCAGCGGUUAUCUCUCCGGUUGGGAGGUCCCACGCAGAGAAGCCAGCAUGGUCAGCGGCGUUAUCUGUGUAGGUAUGGGGGAUGUAGCAGCAUCAUUAAUAGGACGGCGAUACGGCCGGCACAAAUGGAUUUGGGGCGGUGGUAAAAGUAUUGAAGGCAGCGCAGCGUUUGCUACUGCUGUGGGACUGGCGUUGAUACUGGCAAAAGCAUGGCUUAGAAUUGGGGGUUGGCCGGCUAAUAAUGAGGAUCCUUGGAUUUUGACAUUUGGGAAAGCCGGCGUUGCGGCGGGGGUGGCAAGCUUGACUGAAGCUGUGCUGACGGGUGGGAAUGACAAUGUUGUCGUUCCUGUGGUGCUGUGGCCUUGUGUUAAAGGACUAGGAAUUUAG